AUCUCAGGGAAGAAUGGAGGCGUGUCUUUACUGUAAGUAUGAGUCAGGAAGCACUUACUGAACUUUACACUGCACGCUAUUUACGCAUUCUUUAAUAGUAUUUUCUUCAAAUCUAAACUUGUCACUCGACUCUGACUUUGUCCUCGACACUGCUGGCACCAUGACUGUGUUUGAAAACUGUACUGUGGUGUUAGAUGUGAAGAAUCUGCCUUUUAAAGAGAAGAAUAAACUGAGACUAGCUCUUCUGGAGAAUGGAGGAAACAUCUCGUAUGUCAUCAACAAAGAGUGCUCUUUUGUAGUCACUAGCAGUGUGAAUGACCUGAGCAGUAACCGGCAGCGCAGCAUCCAGAAGCUCCAGAUCCCAGUGGUCGGGACGCAGUAUGUGUGGAGCUGUCUGGACCAAGGGCAUCUCCUGCCUUUGACGGAGCAUAAUUUGGCCCCACAGCUGCCGUAUCCCGGCUCUGAAUUCCUUCCCCGUUCAGAGGUAAAAGUGUCGACACACAAACUAGAAAAAGAGAAGUUCAAAGGUCACACUCAGCUCCCAAAGACUGAGGUUGAGAUUCUUGAGAAGGGUGGACCCCGUCCCGGCAGGUUCAGGUGCAUCAACCAAGGUGAUCAUGGCCUGCCUGAAUUUCCUUCUUAUUUUCAAGUAGCCAAGUAUUCGGUUUUUGAGAGGGUCAAACCCAAGGCUUUGUCUGUUUUGGAGCUGCAGAGUGCCAAAGGCCGAGCAGGCCAGCAGUAUCGUGUGUUGUGUUCAGUCUUGCAUGAAGCUGAGACCGCUGUGGUUCAAAACAAACUUGUGUUCUGUGUGACGUCUGAAGAUGCUGUGGAAGCAUAUCUGCAGCUGAUGAAGGAGAUGGAGACAGAGAGAUUCACCAAGACACACACACUUCCCCCUGAGGUUGAGCACUUGGCAUCCUACAGCCUGCAGCAGCUGCUGUUGGAGGAGAAGCUGAACUGCAGCACAUUAUCACAGGAAGUUGGUGUCUUCGUGGAGCUGGUUUGGACUGAAGCUCUCGGGUCCCUUAAUAAAAUCCUGACAGUCCCUGUCUCCAGAAUCAGCCUCAAUGACGUGAGCAGGGUGGAGGGAUUGUUACUGCAGGCACAAAAGACUGAGAAAGAGGAUGAAGUCAAAGCCCUGCUACAGGAGGUCAACACUCUUCUGCCCCUCAGAAUGUUCGACCCUCCUUCCAAACACAAGCUUGUGUCUCAGAAACUGGACCUUUGUCAGGACCAUUAA